CAGCCACCACUUCCGGAGCAUGCCGGCGGGCGAGUCCGGGGCUGCGCCGGGAAUAAUCGGCGGCAACACAGCCCCGCCAACGUCAUAAACGGCCAAAUCGCGCGUGAUGGCUUGAACCCUUCAUAAUUGUCAUUCCAUUCUUACAAGUUAUGGCUACAAGUCGCGUUUCUUCAAGUCUCAAAGUAGCCGUAAUAGGGUCUGGGCCAAUUGGCCUCUGCACAGCUACAGCACUGAGACAGCAGGGCCACAGCGUCACCAUCUUUGAGCGAAGGCCGGACACGGAACCUCGCGGCCAUGCCUUGAUGAUCCAGCCAGCCGCUGUGCGCGCCUUGGGACAUCUCAAAGGCGCCCAUGAGACAUUCAAGCGAGUCUCUAUUGAAUCGGGGCCUCUUUGCCUCUGGUCGUAUAAGAGCGACAAACCGUUCAUGGCGUCGCAGCCUGUAUCGCGACAGCAAGACGUGCCCGUUUACGAGAGGCGCUUUCAGACGGACCGUCCGUCCGUGCAGAGAGUUUUCCAUGAGCUGGCUAUACGAAAUGGCGUUGAUAUUGUCUUUAAUAAGACGGUUGAUCAGUUUGAGGAUAGCCAGGAUUCGGUCCUCCUUCGCACUUCAGACGGAGAAACUUAUACGGCAGACCUCGUUAUCGCCGCUGAUGGAAUCAAGUCCAUGACACGGAAACAGCUUUUCCCAGGCCGAGAUGUCGAACCUAUUCCCCUACGCGAAUCCAUUAUUCUCACCAGCGUACGUAUCGCUGACCUCGCCAAGGACAAGCGACUGGCGGCAUGGCUAGAGCCUGGAACCAAACAUGGUGUUCUUGGCCCUGACCGAUUCGUACUGAGCCGACACAUAUACGGUGACAUUCUUAACGUACAGUUUGCUGAUGUCAACCACGCGGACCCCCGACCUGUGGAUGCUCAAUGGAACACACCAGCAGAUGUCGACGCACUCCGAGCCCGAUUCGCAGACUUUCAAACUAUCACGCGUGCGUACUUGGAACAUGUUGACCACGCCGAGCAGUGGCAGAUGGCAAUAGGCCGUACUUUGCCUACUUGGAGCAGCGAAAGCGGACGUAUUGUACUUGUGGGAGACGCAGCACAUGCUAUGCUGCCCCAUGGAGCACAGGGGUUGAGUCAGGGCAUUGAAGAUGCCGUGAGUCUUGCACAUAUGCUAGGCCUGAGCACCAAUGUACCCGCAGUGACAAGGGCGUGGGUCAACCUGCGUAAGCCGAGAUGCGAGCUCUUCAUGCAACAGUCGACGGAAAAUGCGGCAUCGUGGAGCUUGCCAGAUGGUCCGCAGCAAGAAGCACGCGAUGAGAAACUGUCGAGGUUUCGCAACAAGUCUCCUCCAGAUUUAAGCAUCGUCGAGAUGGAUAUGCAUGCCGAGCAACACUUGCCGCAGUUUCUCAAGUGGGUGAGAGACUAUGAUGUAGUCCAAGAGUGUGAGAAGGCCUUGUCAAAAGAAGUAUAAUAUGCACCGUACAGCAGAGUCUUUAGGAGAGCGUAGUUCCUAAUCUAGAAUCACAACAAUACUAACCAAAAACAAAAUCUUAAAAAUUCCGCAAAAAGACAUACUACAGUGCAUGUGGUAAAUUUUGAAUGGCCAGCUGUCAUUAUAUCUUAUGAGAAUUAUUCCGCUUCGUAUAUGCGGCUCUGUUCACUACUGGGGGUGCAUCUUGUUUGUAGCGACAGCUGGCCCGC